AUGGAAGUGGAGAAGAUGAUGGGAUCCUCUCCAGUACACCCUAGAAAUUCCAGCAAUGGACCCAACACCACCACCUUUACUCUUUGGAAGCUUUAUAACAACCCAAACUACGCGCUCCGCCUCAAUGAUUCCCCCCGACAUUGCCCCAACCCACCUUUAAUUUCGUCCCCAUCGCUCCGCGGCAUUACGUCGAACACCUCGCGGGCGAUGGACGGGGCCGGCGCCGAGCUGGAGAUGGCGAAAGCCCAGAUCCGGGAACUGCGGGCGGAGCUCGAGUUCGAGCGGCGGAUGCGGCGGAAGGUGGAGGCGCUGAACAAGGUGCUCGCGGCGGAGCUCGCGGAGGAGCGCGGGGCCCGGGAGGCGGCGGAGGCCCACUUCCGGGGACUCGAGGCGGAGGUGGAGGGCAAGCGCGGGGAGGUGGAGAACGCUCUAGCGGAGAUCGAAGAGGAGCGGAGGAUGCUGAGGGUUGCGGAGGUGUGGAGGGAGGAGAGGGUUCAGAUGAAGCUCGCGGAGGCGAAGCUCCUCAUGGAGGAGACGCUCCGGGGGAGGAGGGAGGAGAAGCCGCGGGGCCACACGUGCGAGGGCUGCAGCAUUCGUCCAGUUAUGGGUCCCACCGGUCAGAGCGGUCAACACAGUCAAAAUAGUCAACACCAAGUCGGUCAACAGCGGAGGGCGGAGGCGGUGAACCCGCACAUUAAGAGAGGGAUUAAGGGGUUCGUGGAGUUCCCCAAAGUGAUUCGGGUUCAAGCCAGAGAGGGGAAAGUCGAGCUGCAGCCGAACCUGGAGUGCCAGAGGGCGCAGCUCCGGGUGCUGUUGAGGCACAAGAGCUCGGUCGGACUGAGCCUUCUGGGCGCGUCGAGUAAUUUGGUCAUGUGA